AUGGUCUUGAUAAAUGGCAUAAAGUACGCCUGCGAGAGAUGCAUAAGAGGCCACAGAGUAACCACAUGCAACCACACAGACCAACCGCUUAUGAUGAUCAAGCCAAAAGGUAGACCUUCUACCACUUGCGAUUUCUGCAAACAACUUCGAAAAAACAAGAAUGCAAAUCCUGAAGGCGUUUGUACAUGUGGCCGAUUGGAGAAGAAAAAACUAGCACAGAAGGCUAAAGAAGAAGCAAGAGCUAAAUCAAAAGAAAAGCAAAGGAAACAGUGUACUUGCGGAACCGAAGAACCUUGCAAAUAUCAUGCCCAAAAGAGACAUUCAAGAAAAUCUGCAUCAAACCCUCAAAAGAAAGGAAGGUCCAUUUCACGUUCACAGCCAAUGUUUGAAAGAGUCUUAUCUUCUACUUCACUUGAUAGCAACAUGCUAUCCGGCCAUGGGGGGCUAUCAGAUACUUCCAGCAUAUUGACAAGCACAUUUUUAGACAGUGAACCAGGUGUGGGCAAAAUCUCAAAAGACUAUCAUCACGUUCCUUCCUUGGCUUCCAUUUCGUCAUUACAAUCUUCUCAAUCCUUAGAUCAGAACUUUAGUGUGCCACAAAGCCCUCCGUUAUCUACAAUGUCAUUCAAUUUUCUAACGGGAAAUAUUAAUGAUACUAACCAAAAUCACAACAGUCAUCAGCAUUCCAAUUUAACCAGCAGCUGGCAAGACAGCUCGGCAAGCUUACCAGCGAAAACUGAUUCGCGUUUCAAUUUGAUGGAUAAAAAUCAUACAAAUCACUCUGCGGGCCUUGAUCUAUUGGGCCAUUCUAAGCGAAUAUCUCCCAUAUCGAACACUCGUGUAGGCGAGGUUAGCGUCCCACUAGAAGAAUAUAUCCCCUCAGAUAUUGAUGGGGUCGGAAAAGUUACUGAUAAGAGCUCUUUAGUCUAUGAUUGGCCCUUUGAUGAAAGCAUGGAGAGAAAUUUUAGUACAACUGCAACUGCAGCGACGGAUUCAAGUAAGCUUGGCAUAAAUGACAAUACUAGUAACACUAAUAAUAUUAUUAAUGCAAAUAAUAACAACUUGAUUGAUAACACUAUCAACAAUGGCCACUGUAUCGAUAAUAUCAACAAUAAUAGUAAUAAUAAUAAUUGCAAUAAUUAUAAUAACAAUAAUAACAACAUUGACGGUAACAAUAAGAAUAACAAUAACAACAUUCCUAAACAAGAACACCAAAGCAAUGGUCUAUUCGAUAUGUUUACCGAUUCUUCAUCAAUUUCAACACUAUCUCGAGCAAAUUUACUCUUACAAGAAAAAAUAGGUUCGCAGGAAAGCCCAAGAAAAGUAGAACACUAUUCAAAGGUCCCACAAUUCCGUCACCAGUUGAACUCCAGAAGUAAAUCAUUCAUUCAUAACCCUGGAAACGAGUAUUUGAAAACCGGCUUUGGCAAUACAAGUAACAAUGACAUCGGAAAAGGCGUUGAAGUACUGUCACUGACGCCAAGCUUUAUGGACAUCCCUGAGAAAGAAAGAGAUAGGGAAAGGGAAAGGGAAAGAUCACCAUCAUCAAAUUAUAUCACUGAUAUGCCUUUUACUCGAAAACCUAGGUCGUCCAGCAUUGAUGUAAACCAUAGGUACCCACCCAUGGGACCUGUGAACAUAGCAACCUCUCCUAGUGCGUUAAACAAUGCGGUAACAAGUAAUCUUGAUGAUCAACUCAGUCUAACCUCUCUUAAUUCGCAGCCAUCAUCAAUUGCAAAUAUGAUGAUAGAUCCUUCAAACCUGGUCGAACAGAGUUCCGUUCAUUCAAUCCCUCAACCAAUCAACUCUCCAAGAAUGUCUAAGACCGGAAAUCGUCAAGAAAAAAGUCUCCAAAUGAAAAAGGAAGAAAGAAACCCACUAAAUUGCAUACAGGAUUUUUCGCAACUGGAUAGUUCGUCAAGCGACAUGAAUCAAAUGUUUUCUCCUCCACUGAAAAGUGUGAACAGACCACCCACCAUGAGGGAAAAUUCGUCCAGUAGUAAUUUUAUAUUUCAAGGAAAUAGCAUUAUUUCUACGCCUUCUGCAAGGAACGACCUUCCGGAUACUUCUCCAAUGAGUAGUAUUCAAACAGCAUCUCCACCAAGCCAAUUACUUACCGAUCAAGGGUUCGCAGACUUGGAUAACUUUAUGUCUUCGUUAUGA